UAGCUAAAUAGUCUUUUUCUUUUUCAGUAAGGAUUUAAGGUUUAGUUAAAAUUAAACUCCCAAAGUCAGUUGUGUGGUGUGCGUAAACAUAAAAAAAAAAAAUUAGCAACUUACCGUUGAUUCCGGUUGGACAUUGCAGUCCUUGCGUCUUUUUCAAAAACCGCGGCCGGCACAUCAGGACUUCGGAAUUAAAUUUAGGUUUUUUAACCAGAAAAAGUUGUAUUCAGCUUUUGUGAUCGACUGGGUCGACCUGGGCUUCGUCUAGGUUUUUGUCAACGGCUUUUCCUCUUUUUUCCUCGCUGGUCAACGAUUGAGUAGAAAUUGUGAUUUCUUACUUGACGUCGGUAGGGUCGGUACUCGGUAGUCACAGGAUUUUCAUCAAUUAUAACUGAUCUGAUAUUGUACCCGACUUUAAUUUCUCAUCGAGUCAUUUUCUUGCAUUGCCCAAUAUAGAAAUUAGAAUUAAUUCGUAAUCGAAUUUUUUCAAUUAAUUUUGUUCAUUCUUAAUAAAUGUUGGAGGUGUAUCUAUUAGUUCAGUUGUCCAAAUAUGUCGCCUUUCGAAACAAGGCGCGAUAUGAAAAAUUCUUUCUGCAUUCCACAUUCCCACUUAUGCAAAUGACAACUAGGAUAAUUAAUUGGUAAUGAGGGCUAAUGCGGAACUCAUCAUUCAAAAGGUCCCAUUCACCAGCAAGUAAAAGUUAACCAACUAAUAAAUUACACAAACAAUCGAUUGCUUACACCACUUUAUUUAGUGCACAGGUUAGAGUGAUCCAGUUGAUGAAGGGCCAUGGCGUCGACUAGGAAGGACAAAUCUUUACCUCCUCGUUUUCCGGCUUGGACUGUUGAAUUGAAUAAUGGCGAUCCUGUUGACACAGCACAACAGAUCCUGUUACCUUUUCAGUGAAACUCAAUUCCGUUGGAUGCUGUCCCGAACGACCUUUGACAAAGUUUAGUGAUUUUUUAUCCUCCUUUUCGUCACAAGUCGCUACAAAACUACAUUUUAAAAAAUAUAUAUAUUUCGAUAGUUUCGAAAAAACUCCCCCUCUAAGUAAAUAUUUUUGUUUUUCUUUUUGUCACUUCCAAUUUUCUAGACCCCACCUCCCAAUCGUCCCUAAUAGUCACAAAAGUAGCCCCUCCCCGCCUCUAACAUAUUAUAGCCACAAUUUUUCGAUAUUUGUUACCGUCGGUGAUUGACGUGAUUGAUUGGUUUAUCACGUGAAAUAUUCACUGAGUCAAGACAACGGAAGGUCCGAUAAUUCUUAUACCUAAUACGUUCUCAUUAUCUACUGUCUUUAUCCGCAAACAAAUUCCAGUUAAAUGUUUUCUUAUGACUGAAAUACAUUGACGUAAUCAUCCAAAGUGGAUCCACGUCAGGAUGAGAUCCAAGCAAACAAACACGGGAAAUUGUUUCGUAAGCGACUGCUCGUUCCAUUUAUUCCCCGUGAAUAAAUUAACAACAGUAUUAUAAUAUUGUAAAAGUUGAUGAGGACGAUGGCGUCGGUUAUGACGGAGGAACCUUUACCUCCGAAUAUUCAGGAUUGCUCCGUUGUAAGAAAUAACGACGAUCCCGUUGACGGAGGAUAUAAAAACCCUUUACCAUUUCAACCGUUGGUCGUCUUUCUGCGUUUCUUGGGUGUCGAACUCGAUCCUGCACUCCUGUACAAAUCAUCCAAGUGUUUUCGUUACCUGUUACUCGGACUGUGUUUCCUACUGUUGAAUGCGUUCUUUACCAUUUUUACGGCGGUGAGUGAGCACAAUUUCUUUGUCCAAAUUUACAACAUGGACACGCCGACCAAUUCUUCGUCAGUCGAAAACAAUUCGACGGUACCCUCAGUUUUCUUUUGGAACCUUAUCGUCGAUUACGUCAAUUACGGUGUCCUUUCCGUCGGCGUUCACGCUUCUCUUUUAUUCUUUUCUCGACAAAAAGAAUGGAAAUUUCUCUGGGACAAUGUCCAGCAGAUAUUACAACAUCACAACGAGUUCAAAGGCAUAAGGAAGUCCAUUCGUCGUGUCACAAUCGCCGGCCUUCUGAUCGCUUGUUUGGAAACGUUAGGAUUCAUCAGCUGCUCCCUAGUUCUUAUUGAUUUUAACGAAGGAUUGACAUUAGAAUUUUAUUUCCGUCCAAUCGCCAACUUUUCCUACGUUUACGCGACUUGCGGUUUGCUGUUAUUCGCCAUCAUCGGAUGGACAGUGACGCUGGGAUUCCGCAGUCUCCACCAGGAACUACUCAGCAACUGUCUGCUGACCACCUCUAACAAUAACGGCUGCCCGGAAACGGUCUCUUUGGCUGAAAAAGAGGAACUGAUUGAAAUGUUGGCCAAUUGGAAACAACUUCACGUUUUGUUAAUCGACACUGUGGACGGAAUCAACGAUUGUCUCGGUCCUGUUCUACUCAUUUGGGUGGCUCACAUCUUUGUCGGUUUCAUCGCCACUCCGUUUUAUAUUCUCGAUGGAAUCCAUUUCAACACUGGAUCAUUGAGUUCCACCUGGGUUUUGCUGAUCAUGAACUUUUGUCUCUUUUCCCAGCAUCUUUUUCAUUUGCUCAUUAUCACCGGAAUUUCGAGUCGCAUCUGGCACGAGGCAGCUGCAAAUGGGAAGUUAUUACAGAAAGUGAAUCUAAACGAUGUCUACCAUCUCCAAGACCAGGUGAGCAUGUUGACGACCGAAGUUUUCCUAUCGCUGCCACGCAUCACAGCCAUGGAAUACGGAGACUUGGAUUUUUCGCUUAUUCCUACCGUGAUCGGCACUUCUUUGACUUAUUUGAUAAUAUUGUGUCAGUUCCAAUCGUCGGAGCAGUAACAAUAACUCAUGGGCAUACCUCGUCAGCAGAAAUUGAUCCAUCUCACAAUUUGAAGACUCCCUUUUUAGACCCAGCAUUUCAUACAAAUGUCAUUUCUAUUUCAAUUCUGGCUUAUUGUUCUGAAUAACGGCUGAUCAUAAUGGCCAAGGCAAUCCAUUAGCAUGUGCUAAUAAUGAGAUCAAUUGUUGUGAGCAAACAUGAAUAUUACAGUCUCGUUUGCUAAGAUAAAUUACGAAUAUCCGAAAAUGUCACCCCAUGCUGAGAAGAUAAUAUAAACCCAUUACUCAAA